AUGUUGGAUCCAGCCACCUUGGGACAGUUAGCUACACCGAUUUCGGCAUUCCAGUGGACAGAAUCGUGCGAGACCAUGCAGGUGCGGGACUUUGCCACUAACCACGCGCAUGCCAACUUCAACCUCUCUAUCUCGAAAGAUUGGGCGACGAAUGUGCAGGCCUUGCACACCAGGUGCAACCUUCCAGAGGCCGAGAAGAUGCGACGCCAUCUUGUUGGCAUUUGCCAUCCGUGUGUUGCCCACGCGCUUCGUCCAGGAGGAUGCUACAAGGGGAGCAGCUGUUCUCAUUGCCACUUCUGCAGUACGGAGCAGGCGCAGAAGCGGCGCAAGCAGAUUCAAGCCGAGGGCAAGGAGAGGAAGCGAAUUGCUCGCGAGAUGAAGAAAGUCUUGGACGAGGUCGACGUCGCAUCCCUCCCCGAGGACGUGCCGAAGUCCUUCUGGUUGUGA